AUGUCCGCCGACAGCGUACCAAAGAAACAAAAAUGCUUAUCGUUGGUAAAAGCACAACGGUUUAAAUUCACAGAUUCAGCACCGGUUGUUCAACCGACGGAUCUAUCAGAAGAGGAAGUAUUGAUUCAAAAUUAUGUGGCAGGACUCAAUCCCGUUGAUUGGAGGAUGGCUGAAAAUACUUGGGCAACACACCAGGUUCCAUCUGUCACAGGCUUUGAUAUUUCCGGAAAGGUAGUGAGUGUUGGAAACAGCGUGAAACAAUUUAAAGUUGAUGAUGAAGUUUUCGGCAUGCUUAGUUUAAAAACUGGUGGUGGUUUUCAACAGUAUAGUGUGGCGGAUGAAUAUUGUAAAGAAGCCUUCAGAUGGUUUACAACAUGUAAAACAUAA